GGACUUAAGAAGCACAAAUUGAACCAAAUCUUUAACAUACAAAUUCAUCGAUAGGCUUCUUACCGGAGACUUGACCCCUGCUGCUUGACAUCCCCCAAAGUCGCAUUUCGCUAUACGAGGGCAUAUCGAUAAACAAGAGGACACACUGGAGGCCUGGGGGCAGGCUUUAGCCCCCGCGGCUGCACGCGGAACAAACAUUUCUUCUUAGAGAGGUACUCCGGGCACCAAGAUGGCCGACCCGAUGGACCAGCCUAGCACCAGUGACCCCGUAGAUAACCAAAUCUUCGGAGAACAGGGUGGCCUGCGCCCCGACCAUCCCCUUCUUCGUCGGGCGCAAGAGGCGCUCAAAGUCCAAUUUGAGGCGAAUCGGACACGGUUGCAGGAGGAGCUAAGAGAAAAGGCAAAUGCGCUCAAGCAAGCAAAAGCGCGGCGAGAAGCGCUUGGUGUGGAGCUGUAUGGCUUCCAGCAGAACCUCGCCAAGCUGCAGCUCAACCUGGAGACGACGCAUCAGAACUACCAGGUCAUCAACCGGGCACGCCAACAGUGUGAGGACCAGUUGAACCAGCUGAAGCAGCAGUUGUCACUGGAGGAGGGGGACACCAAGGGCGAGCGCUCACGGGUUGAGAAGUUCCAGCUGGAGAUGGACCGGCUGGGCGCGACGCUGAAGCAGGUGGAGGAGUACAACGAGGCCAUGAAGGGCGAGAUCGCUGUGACGCGGCGUGCAGCCUACGCGGCCGAGGAGGCGGUGCAGAAGCUGGAGAAGCAGAAGAUGGAACAGGACUUCAGGAUCGACACGCUGCAGGACAACCUGAAGGGCACGCAGCAGCAGCUGGCGCUGGUGUCGGCGCAGCUGGAGGCGCAGAAGCGGGAGACACGCGCGGCGCUGGAGACGCUGGCGGAGGCGGAGGCCGAGAUGGAGAAUGUGCACUUUGAGAAGAAGCAGCUGGUGGCGCAGUGGAAGAGCAGCCUGCUGGCCAUACAGAAGCGCGACGAGGCGCUGUCCGCCAUCCAGGACGGCAUGCGCGAGCAGCAGCAGCAGGAGCUGAGCCUGGUGCUGGAGAUCGAGGGCUACAAGAAGGACGUGGUCAGGGAGCAGCUCAAGCACGAGUCGCUCACGGCGGUGGUGCGCAAGGUGGAGGGCGACGCCGUGUUUGUGCAGAAGCAGAUCGAGGGCGCGCAGGAGCGGCAGGCGCGGCUGCAGGAGAUCCUGGCCAAGCUGGCCAAGUCGUUGGAGCACACGGAGGCGGAGGUGCUGCGGGUCAACAGCGAGAAGAAGGCGCUGCAGGGCGAGGCGGACGCGGUGGACCGCGCCAUCACCAAGGUGGCGGCGGAGGGCCGCGCCAUCGAGGAGGAGAUGCUGUCCGCGCUGUCGGACCAGACCACGGCGGAGAAGGCCACCAGCAAGACGGCGGCGGACACGCAGGAGCUGCGCAAGCGCAUCCGGGCCGAGGAGCUGGCGGUGGUGGAGACGGAGAACGAGCUGGCCAAGCUGCAGGUGGACAUCCUGAACACGGAGGCUCACAACUCGCGGCUGGGCGAGACACUGGGGCUGCUGGAUGAGGAGCUGCGCGACAAGGGCCGCACCAUUGAGAAGUACGAGCUGGAGAUCAAGCGGCGCAAUGACGAGAUCGAGAAGAAGACGCGCGAGAUCGACAUCCUCAACCGCCGCUUUGAGCGCAUGCUGGAGCAGCGCGGCACCGGCGAGGAGACGGGGCCGCUGGAGGCCACCAUCAAGAACCUGGGCCGCGAGAUCGACACCAAGGGCAGCGAGAGCAAGGAGCUGCAGCGGCGCUGGAUCGGCUGCCAGCAGGAGCUGGUGGGGCUGCAGAACGAGAACGGCGGCCUCACGGAGACGCUGGCGCGCCUGCGGGCGGAGCACACCGUGCUGUUCCAGAAGAAGAGGCGGCUGGAGCAGCAGCUGGAGGGCCAGGGCAAGGCCAUCAAGGGCCUCACCAGCGCCAUGGGCCGCCUGCACGUGGACCUCACGCGCGUCAACGGCCUCAUCGCCGCCAACUCCGCGGCGCGCCAGGCGCUGGCGGAGGACAACUUCAACCUGGAGGGGCGCAUCAUGGGCGACCUGCGCGCCAUGGAGGAGGAGGCGGCGCGGCUCAACAGCCAGAUCGAGGAGGGCCGUGGCGCCAAGCGCGACACGCUGGCUGAGAUCGUGGAGGCGGAGCGGCAGAUCAUGUUGACGUGGUGGCGGAGAUGAAGAAGGAGAUCCACCGCAUGACGCUGAGGCAC